UACUGUCACCAUGGUUACUGGAUUUAGGCAAAGUCGACGUAAAAGCUGUUUUUAGGUGCUGUUUAAGUUAGUUUUCCUUUUCACUCGCAAAAAAUAAUUUAAAAUGAACACGGUGGAUAAGUCUAUGGAUAGUGGGAACACGACAGGAAAAUGCCUUUUGGAUAACUGGGUCGAGGAGAGGGCAGUAGCACCCUUGGACAAUCUGGGAUCACAGGAACAUGUUGGUGAAGCUCAAACGCACAGAUAUGGGCACAAAGGAAUUCUCUCUGUGGAUCUGAUAUCUAAAGUGGCAGAUAUCACAACAGUACGAGAAUCAUACACAUCUCCCAGAAAGCCUGGAAUAAAGCAGAGAGGAAUACGAGAAGAACUUUUGGAGAAAUACCUUUACAAAACGAUAAGUGAACAGGUAUUAGAGGAAUGUAACCCUGGUUCUCCUCCAAGAGAGCUGAUCUCAACCACCAGACAUGACUAUAAAAUGGAGGGCUUUAAAUCUGUGCCACCAUCCCCCUCCAAGAAACAUGACUUAAAAUCUGAACAGGCAAUAACGUAUUGGAGCGAAAAUUACCAAAAGUUACAAGGUGUAACACCUGUCCGAUCAAGGGAUACUCCAUUUAAGAAGAAUUCAUCUUUCAGCAAACCUAUUAGCGAAUAUCUAGAUGAGCCCAUGCCUUACACACUAGAGAACUAUCCUAACUUGUAAACACUCAACGUGAUUAGGCACUGUUGUACUAUAAAUAGCUGUUGAAUUUUUGCAUCCUUCAUUCCUUUACAUUCUUAAUUAUUUUAUAUCCAGCAUUUUUCUGUAAGAUUUAAAUUCCAUUGAGGAUAAUUCUGCAGUCGUUUGUGUAAUAGAAUUUAAUUUUCUUAGGCAAAGAAUUGCAAAUGCUUCCAUGGAAACCAAACCACCCGGUUAUUUUCUUGGCCGUCAUCAGUUACAGAAUGUUUUCACAAAUGGGUAACCCCCAAUACUUGUUUAAAGACUCAUUUAACACUGAAAAAGUGUAAAGAAAUGCACAUACUGUAGAUAUUGAUUUGCUCUGUUUAAAUUAACCCUAAUCAUUGUUUUGAUUAUAUGUUAUUGGUCAACAUUGUCAUUGUGUCAUUGAUAUACAGUACCUAUAUCUUCAUUUAAGAUAAAGGAAGUACAAUACUGUACAGUAAUAGUACAGUUUGUAGAAAGACUAGAAAUGCUGUUUUACUACAGAGGUUGUCUCAACAUUUAUUUCAGUGUGCAUAAAGAAUGGCUUAUCUACUGUGAGCAUUUCUUGGAUUCUGAUCUUUCUAAAACUAUGCAAUAUUUAAUUUUAAAAUAGAUUUUAAAAGAAAAAUUGCUGCAUUUGGUAAUUUUCUCUGGAAUUAAAAAGCUGAAAGGGAAUAGUAAGCAUAGAUGAUAAUAUUAUGAAUAAGAACGUGUACUACACUUUAGCUAGUAAAGUCUUUUGAGACCAUUUUGCCUUUUUUAUUUUGACUGUUUUUAAUAAUUGUUUUAACCAUUUAUAUCUGUAUGUUUGGAAUUAUUAAUGCUAAUAAACCUAAUACAACUACGAUAUAAUACAGAAUUUA